CUGCCCGAGGCGUUCAGAGGGAACCGAGCAGCUCAGUUCCGCAGCCUGGGGGACAAGUGUGCCAUUACAGCCCUGCUGCUCUGAGAGAAGCCACCUCAACGCAGUCGGGGGUGCUCGCAGCUCUCGGAGCCACAGUCAGGCAUCUGGGACCCCAAGGACCAGGCACCAGGGACCCCGAGAGCCAGGCAUUUGGGAUUCCCACCCCCCUCAUCCUCCCCAAGUCCUGCUCCACCUGCGGCACCACCGGCCACGGCUCCCUGCUGGAGGUUAGCAGCGAGGUCCGGACUCCAUCCCCAUCUGUGGCGACAGAGACGCUGGAGGAAGGAGGUACAUGGGGGCCAGGCAGUCUGGGGCCCGCCGCAAGGACAAGGGGCCCCUGGGGCGGGGGCUCCUGCGGGGGAGGCAGAAGUUCUCCUCGUGGGACGAUGCUCUGCUUCCUGGGAGGGACCCGCGCUGCCUGCUGAAGCGGGGGCUGCGCCAUGUCAGUUUCAGCCUGGUCACCAAGGGCAUGACGGACGCGCCCGACUUCCUGUGGGGCCUGUCCGAGAUGCAGAAGCUCAACCUGUCCCACAACCAGCUCCGGGCAGUCCCUCCCGAGCUGGGGAAGCUGACGCGGCUGGUGGUCCUGAACUUGUGCGGGAACCGCCUGAAGACGCUACCCCGGGAGGUCAGCCUCCUGCAGAGCCUCAAAGUCCUGUUCGUGCACAUGAACGGCCUGACGGAGCUGCCAGCAGAGCUGGGCGCCUGCCGGAGCUUGGAGGUCCUGAGCGCGUCGCACAACUGCCUGUCCCAGCUGCCCACCAGCCUCGCCGACCUGUCCCGGCUGCGCAAGCUGAACCUCAGCCACAACCGCUUCGCUCACAUCCCCGUCUGCGUGUUCUCGCUCAAGGAGCUGGACUUCCUGCACGUGGGCUCCAACCGCCUGGAAAACAUUGCCGAGAGCAUCCAGUGCCUGGCCGGCCUGCAGAUCUUCAUCGCUGAGGGCAACCACAUCCACACCUUCCCACGCUCGCUCUGCCUGCUCACAAGCCUGGAGCUGCUGAACCUGAACAACAAUGACAUCCAGACGCUCCCUGCGGAGCUCUACAUGCUCUGCAAGCUGACCAGGAUCGCCUGGAACCCCAUGGACAAAGGGCUGCACAUUUCCCGCAACCCUUUAUCCAAACCUCUGCCCGAGCUGCUGGAGGGGGGUCUGGAGAUGCUCGUCAGUUACCUGAAGGACAGAAAACACACCUGAUGUGGGCGCUGGAGGCACCGACAGACUCGGACGGGAACUUCCCUAGUCUAAACCCUCUCCUCUUCCUGUUGCUGUGGGUCGAGGCUUGUGUUACUAUGUGCUGAGUUGUGCUGAACGCCUCUUUUAACCAGGUGUUUGCUUUUUAGCUCUGUAUACUUCUAUGAGUGGGCUCCUUAGGUGGCUCAGCUGUAAAGAAUCCACCUGUACUGCAGGAGAUGCGGCUUCGAUCCCUGGGUAAUGGGAAGAUCCCAUGGAGGAGGGCAUGGUAACCACUCCAGUAUUCUUGCCUAAAGAAUCCCAUGGAUAGAGCAGCCUGGCGGGUUACAGUCCGUGGAGUCACAAAGAGUCCGAAACGACUGAAGAGACUUAGCCUGCUGGCCUCUCCCAAAAACCUCUCCCAAAUAUCAUCUCCUUCUGAAUAUCAGUGGAUAGAGGACUUGGGUUUUUUUCCCCAAAGAAAAAUAAUUCUGAUUCUUCUGGGGAGCCUUGGGAUUCAGCCUUUGGAAAAGAGGACAGCAGGUAUGAUUCAAUGUUCACCAAAAGUGAAAUGUUUACUAAGUACUUACUGUGGGUCAGGUAUAGUAUAGGAGGGGCUGAGAGCAUCCGGUUUCAGUCCCUGAGCUGGCACCCUGCAGCCACAUAGCCCCAGCAAGACAUGCCCACACCUCUAUCUCCAUCCAGCAUCCCAUGGGACCAAAGAGAAGCCGGCGCCCAGCCCUCCCGGCAGUGACCAAAUCCAACAGAGCUUCCCCUUGAGUCCCAGGGGAGACAAGCCACAGGAACUUUGCCUCCAGAAUGACUGUAGGGCAGCAGUCCAGCCACUCCUGCUGACGUCUGGGGGUGGGUGACGGGGUGCAGCGUGCUGGCUUUCAGAGAAUAAACACAAACAGAGCCAACACUCAGGGUCCAUCUUCUUUCCAAUCCUUCUCUUGCGCCCAGUCAUAUCCUCAAGGUUUUCUAGAGACACUGGCCGAUGGUUACAUUCCCCUGUUGUAAUUUCACUCCUCCUCUCUUCCUAGAUUUGCCUUCUCGGAGGUGAGCUAACAACCAGGGGAAAAGCUCAAAAGACAGGAAAGAGGAGGUUGCUGCUGUGAGCCGUGGGCUACGCCGGGAUUCGUGCCCUCAGGAGGAGCAGAAUUUGAUCCAGGGCCAGAGACGAGGCUAUUUGAAAGAAAACAAAAAAAACUGCUGAACAAUUUUGAAAAACCAAGAAAAAGUCCUGCCGGCAUGCUCAUGCACUUAUUUUUCCCACAUAUUGGUCCAGAAACCCCAUGAUGCUCCGCAUCUUGCAGACACAAAGGUUUUGAACAGAUUGCACGCUCCAAGCUCCAGCCGCAGAGACAGCCCCAGAAUUUUAUCUUCUCACUGGGAAAUUAUUUUCCCCACAUAUGUUUUGAUGAUGACAGGCCCUUUUCCAUCUUGCUGUUCCUCCUCCUCAGGAGAAUAGAAAUAGUACAGCAUGAGAAACGCUGGGCUGGAAGAAGCACAAGCUGGAAUCAAGAUUGCCAGGAGAAAUAUCAAUAACCUCAGACAUGCAGAUGACACCACCCUUAUGGCAGAAAAUGAAGAGGAACUAAAAAGCCUCUUGAUGAAAGUGAAAGAGGAGAGUGAAAAAGUUGGCUUAAAGCUCAACAUUCAGAAAACGAAGAUCAUGGCAUCUGGUCCCAUCACUUCAUGGGAAAUAGAUGGGGAAACAGUAUAAACAGUGUCAGACUUUAUUUUGGGGGGCUCCAAAAUCACUGCAGAUGGUGAUUGCAGCCAUGAAAUUAAAAGACGCUUACUCCAUGGAAGAAAAGUUAUGACCAACCUAGAUAGCAUGUUGAAAAGCAGAGACAUUACUUUGCCAACUAAGGUCCGUCUAGUCAAGGCUAUGGUUUUUCCAGUGGUCAUGUAUGGAUGUGAGAGUUGGACUGUGAAGAAAGCUGAGCGCCGAAGAAUUGAUGCUUUUGAACUGUGGUGUUGGAGAAGACUCUUGAGAGUCUCAUGGACUGCAAGGAGAUCCAACCAGUCCAUUCUGAAGGAGAUCAGUCCUGGGAUUUCUUUGGAAGGAAUGAUGCUAAAGCUGAAGCUCCAGUACUUUGGCCACCUUAUGCGAAGAGUUGACUCAUUGGAAAAGACUCUGAUGCUGGGAGGGAUUGGGGGCAGGAGGAGAAGGGGACGACAGAGGAUGAGAUGGCUGAAUGGCAUCACCGACUCAAUGGACAUGAGUCUGAGUGAACUCCGGGAGUUGGUGAUGGACAGGGAGGCCUGGCGUGCUGCAGUUCACAGGGUCGCAAAGAGUCAGACACGACUGAGUGACUGAACUGAACUGAAACCAUAGUUGAUUUACAAUAUUGUGUUAGUUUCAGGAGUAAGCAAAGUGAAUUCUUUUUUAGAUUCUUUUCCAUCAUAGGUUAUUACUGGAAAUUGAACAUAGUUCUCUGUGCUGUAUAGUAAAUCCUUGUUGUUUAUUUUAUGUACAAUAGUGUGUAUCUGUCAUUCUCCAACUCCUGAUUUAUCCUUUCCUCCUUUCCCCUUUGAUCGCCAUGUUUGUUUUCUAUGUCUGUGAGUUUGUUUCUGUUUUGUAAGUAAGUUUAUUUGUAUUGUUUUUUUAGAUUCCACAUAUAAGUGAUAUCGUGUAAUA